AGGGGCGCGCGGGGAGGGGGCGGGGCUCCAGGGGCGCGCGGGGAGGGGGCCGGGUAUAAGAAGGCGCGGCGGAGGGGCUGGGCUCAGUCCUGCCCCUUUGGACCCUGCGGCGGUGUUGUUAUUGGAUUUCUCUCCAGGAGCAGGAAGUUGCAAGGGACUAAAAAGGCAAAAUGGGCGUCGAAGGUGGCAUGAAGUGUGUGAAGUUCCUGGUCUUCUUCUUCAAUUUCAUAUUCUGGCUUUGCGGCAUUGCACUGAUCGCCCUGGGGGUUUAUGUACAGAUUGAGCUCAACAAAACAUUGCAGACGACUGGCUCAAUCUCUUCCUCAGGUGCCUCCAUCAUCAUUUUGUCUGUCGGCGUGAUUGUCUUCUUCAUUUCCUUCUUCGGUUGCUGUGGAGCAAUAAAAGAGAACUACUGCAUGGUCACCACGUUUGCUGUCCUGCUGACGCUGAUCUUCCUGGUGGAGAUCGCUGCUGCCAUUGCUGGUUAUGUCUUCAAGGAUAAGGUGAGGACAGUAAUUGAUACUGAAAUCAGAGCAGAAAUGAAUCAGUACAAUAACUCGGACAUUGCCAAGGGUUUGGAUGACGUGCAGAGGACUUAUCGCUGCUGUGGUGCUUCCAAUUAUAGUGACUGGUUUCACGUGAAAGGGUUUGAGCCUCAACGUGUGCCUAGAUCAUGCUGCAAGAAUGACACGGAUUGCACAAGGAACCCAACGGAUGCUAAUGUCUACACAGAGGGUUGUGUGUCAAAAAUAGAGGCCUGGAUGAAGAAACAUUUUAUAAUUGUGGCCGGAGUGGCACUGGGCAUUGCUUUCUUUGAGCUCCUUGGCAUUAUAUUUGCCUGCUGCCUCAUGAAAGGAAUUCGCAGCGGCUAUGAGGUUAUGUAGCCCCCACUCUUCCUGUUACUGCAAUUACAAAACUCUGGAAUAUUUCUGUCUCAUCUUCUGGGGAUGCAGCUGGCCAUCACAUGCCAACGGAAUGAAGUCGGGUGCAGGUCUCCUCUUCUGUUGCCUUUCUUGAAAAUAUAUGGUGCCCUGAAAAGAUUCACAUGUUGCCUUAUUUACCUAUCUAUCUACCCUUAUUUUUCUCACAGGGAAGAGAUUCUAUUUCCCACAUUUCAUCCCCUUACCCUAGUGGGCAGCUUGUGAUACAUGAAUGCUGUUAUAUAUCAACAGACUUUUCUCCUAACUGUGAAUAGGCACUCUUGAAGUUUUGCUUCUUUCAAAUUCAUACUCCCUUAAAGACUUCUAGGCUGCAGCUUUCCCCUGGUAACACACUCAUAGGAAGUAGACACUCCUCUAUCUUUAGGAUGUUCCCUUUCCUUUGUGGAAAGGUGGGCUUUUGAAUCAAGCAGGGGCAGUUGUUCUGGAGGCCAUGAUGAGAUGGAAAAUUGUGGGGUUUGAUUUUUUUUUUUAGCCAGUAAAUCACUAUUUUGGAAAAUAAAAAACAUUGUUUCUCCCA